AUGUCACGUGACAUUAUCGGAUCGCAACUUCAACCGAUGACCACCGCCCGCGAAGGCAUCAUCUACUUGUCCCUUGCCAAUUCUCACCUCACAGUCAUGUUCGCCGCCAGAAGUUCAGCCGCCACGACGCGGCAGCUGCUGCGUCAGACCCCUCGUCGGUUUGGCUCUCACUCCGCCCACUCCGAGCCCGUCAACGAGAGCUUCGGCCGAAGCUUCUACGUGACCGUUGGUGCCAUUGCGGGCUCAUACCUCCUCUACCGCGCCAGCGCUGCCAGCCAGGAAUCCGGCUCCGAGUCCUUCAUCUCCGGCCUGGUGAAGAAGUUCAGCACCUCCCAGGAGGUACUUGAACAGCGCAACGCUAUGCACACAGCUCUGCUUGAGAAGGCUGCUGAGGACCGCCACCUGUUCCAGUCCCAAGGUCACCCCAGCCACUAUGAGCUUAGGCAGCCCGAGCUCUUUAACUCUGUUCCUCCGUACAAUGUUUCCCCUGGCUCUCAAGCUGACCUUAGCGCCGUGACUGCCCACUACGAGCGCCAAAACCAGGAGAUGGAAAAGGCCCGCGUCGCGCGCAUGAAGGAUGGCAAGUACCAGUCCGUGUACGAAUAA